UUAUCUAUAUAUCCUUUCGUGUUUGAAUGUUGCGGAAUUAAAUCUCCGCAAUGUCAUACAAUUGCAUGACCAUUGCUUCAAACAGGAACCCAAUUCAAGCCUUUUACUCUCAUGUCCAACAUCACUCUUUGCUCUAAUCUGAAAUGCUAGGGAUUAAACAGACAGCCAACUCCACCAUCCGUAAUUCUGCCCGUACACCUCCCCCCUUCCGUGCUCUGUCAUGCACAUGCAGAGUUGUGCCAGGCUCGUCAUUUUGAGACCAUAAACAUGAUGCUCGAGUGGCAGAAAGAGGAAAGUAGGUGGGAUGGAUUAGAUUGAGUUGUUCCAAUUUCAAGCGAUCACUCUGCAGUCGGGGUGACAGACAAAAUGUGUUUGUGUGAGCAAAAGAGAGAGAGAGAGAGAGAGAGAGAAAAUGUUCAAGUCAUGUGAUCAGAGAUUGCGGGUUGUUUCAGCCCAAGAUAUAUUCAGGCUCUCCAAUACUGACCUGUCACUCUUCAGCAACUGUUGAUAAUAUUACCCUUCAUGUCUUAAAAUUCCUUUUACCAGCCUCCGAUAACCUAUUGCGGUUUAGGAUUGGACACAGCACCAUGUUGGAUGGAUUGGCUCUACCUGGACCAGUAUAAAGUUGGAUUGUAGCUUAUUUGCUCAAGAGGAAAUUUUGCUUGCGGGUGUUCAAGCCCAGAGCCCGGUGAUAUGCGCAGGAUGUAGCAUGCUGCUGGAUUUCAGACUUGAAUGUGGCUAUUGAGGACAAACGAAAGCGGCAGACAGGAGCAGUGCUGACUGGACAAAAAAAAAGAGGAAAAGAGGGUGGUGAUGGGAAAUAUCAAUAAGACAUCUAGAAAAAACAGUACAAAGAGUAAGGGGUUGUCUCCCGUGGAACAAAGUGGGUCCCCACUGACCCCCGCCAUGCUCGGGGGCUUGAGAGAUGCAGGUGAGAUGGACACAGAAGAAGACGAAGAAAGAGGGAGUGAACCGGAGUUCGAUGAGCCGCUCUGUGCUCUGGUUAAGAACUGCAACAUGUUGCACAACAUAGUGGGGCCUGCGUGUGUCUUCCUCAAACAGGGCUUCGCACAGAGCCAGCUCGAUCGAGACCUGCGGCCUGAAGAAAUGGAAGAGUUGCGUGAGGCAUUCAUAGAGUUUGACAAGGACAAGGAUGGCUUCAUCAGCUGUAAGGACCUUGGCGAAUGCAUGAGGACUAUGGGAUACAUGCCAACCGAAAUGGAACUGAUCGAGCUCAGCCAGCAGAUCUGUGGCGGCAGAGUAGACUUUGAAGACUUUGUGGAGUUGAUGGGUCCAAAAAUGCUGGCUGAGACAGCAGACAUGAUUGGGGUCAAAGAGCUUAGGGAUGCCUUUAAAGAGUUUGACUCUGAUGGGGAUGGUCAGAUCAGUCUCGGGGAGCUGAGAGAAGCCAUGAAGAAGUUGAUGGGAGAGCAACUCAACCACCGUGAGAUUGAUGAGAUCCUGCGUGAUGUCGACCUCAACGGGGAUGGAGAAGUGGACUUUGAGGAAUUUGUGCGAAUGAUGUCUCGCUGACCAAACCGUCUUUGCUGCAAUGAAUGGGGACCGGACUACACACUGUUUCUUGUCAUUGUAUUUCUUCUUGUUAUAUUAUAAUCUUUGUGUCCAUCCUUUCAUUCUGUAACAACUGUACGAGAACCCUCUACAUGUGUUACUAUUCUGUGACGUAAUGUGACUGUUGAGACGGGAAUGAUGUCAAAUAGAAACGCGGUUGAACAAAAAGAGGUACGACAAUCGCUCAAACCCUCAGUCAAGUCUUCAAAGUAAAAUGCAACCGAAUGAAAUGAUUUUGUUCAAAACACAAGAAAAGAAAAUAUAUAUUUUCAAAAAACGAACAUGCUGCUUACAAACAUCUUUCUCGUGAUUUUUAUUCUUAUUGUUUUUAAUAAGAAUAAUAAUCCUUUGUUGACACAACACAAUCUGGAUUUUGACACAAAGUAAAUGUGGUAAUGAGUGUUUACAAUCCAAUACUUGACUGAACCCCAGUUAAAAUAAAAGUGCAUUGCGCUGCCUGAUUUUCUUUUUAAGUUGACAAUGUUAUAAAAUA